AUGACAAUGAGAAGCGCUUUUUUAUGCACUUUUUUUAACUUGAUCGUUUUGUAUCACGUAACAGCCAAACAUGACCGUUUAGCGAAACAUCGCAUCAGUAAAUUCAAGGCGUUGCACAAGAUUCUGUUCCGUGUAAACCAUCAUCGCAACAAACCCACGGGCAGGACCUUACAUCACGGUAAGCGCCUUCAUAACACUCAUUGUUUUGCUACUUCCCUGUGGACAUGGAAGGUCUAUUUAUUCCUCUUUUCCACCUAAAAUCAUAAACUUGUAAUUACGUUUUAUUGACUUUGAGUAAACGAAUUAAAAAGGACAGUGAGUGUGUUUGUCGACUCACUGCCCUUACUUUAUGGCUCGACGCACAAGCAACUCUAGGUUCCACGAACUACUGUCAUACAAUUUAUGGGUCGUGGAGUUGUGUGGUCGUAUUUUAGCAUAAAAUAAUAAUAAAGCCAUAACGAGUUAUACUAAUAACGGAAAUGCAUUAAGAUCUGAAAUUCGUCCGUAGUUUAGAAAAUCCUCUUUUAAAAUUUCAUAUACUUUCGUCUUUAGGUACCAAUCUAUUUCGAGUCUUCCGAAAGGGAGAGAGAAUAUAAUGUUCUGGGGAAAAGAUUUGCAUAAAGGGGUAUAGUUAACUCCCUCUGAGGUGGGUGCCGUCGAAGACAAGCAGCAUGUCUUAGCGAGGUGUCCUACUUAUAGAGAGUCAAGAGAAUGAUUGAAGGACCGGCCAGAACUAACACUAAGUGUCCUCCUUAGUGUCCGUUUGAAGAGACACUACGGUUACUCUCUUGUAACGAUUGCUUUAGAGUGACUAAUAAUUUCCUUUAUCUUACAGAGCCCUCGAGAUUCCUACAUUCAGGAAAACAUUUUAGUCACCUAUUGAAAGCAUUGUCUAAGCGCAAGAAAGAGUCGAGGAAUGCGAAAGGUUCAGCCAAGGCAGUUAUAGUCAAAGUGAAUGGAAAAAAUGUUUACUCCAGCUUUGGCGGAGUUCAGAAUACCACAAACCCGCCAACACCCUCACCAUUUCCAAGGACAACUCCUGCGCCACAAACGCACAACAUUAACCUUCAUAUCAAUGUGACAAAAUCGAAUCCUCCAGAAAAGGAGCCAAGUCGACCUGUGAUCAUAGCGGCACCUCAACCACAGCCCCAGCCUCAGCCAAUCGUGGCUGUGGUACCCCAGGUAACCCAACCUGCACAGGUUCAAACUCAAGCUCAAAUAGUGCCUCAAAUAGUGCCUAUUGUAACACCGGCUCCAGCUACGUCAGCACCGGAGAAAAAGGAAUCAAGCCUAAAUAAGUUACUGCUAACGGCAGCAUUAUUGAAAGGACUAGGUGGAGACUCGACUGAAGGGAACUCACAAGCUUUUCCCUCCCUGUUAACAAACCUUAUACCACCGUAUAAUUCUCCUCUCAGUUCAUUGCUUCCCGGAAAUGCUGGGUCAUCGUUAACUGCUCCUCUGACUGGGUAUCCUCAACUUGGGGUUCCCCAAGGUGGGGCCCCCCUGGGGUAUCCUGCACUAGGUAAUGUACCCUUGGGUUACCCGGCGAACAGCGGACCACUUGGAGGUCUCAAUCUAGCGACUGCAGCAGCUCUUAAUAAUUUAAAUAUGGGGUAUCCUAGGGGUGGAGGAAAUAGAAACUUUGGAUACCCAGCUAUUGGGAGACCUAACAUGGGAUACCCCGCCCGCGGGCAACUGAAUAUGGGAUAUCCAGCUAUUGGUAACCGAAAUAUGGGAUAUCCCGCCGGUGGUAGAUUUGGUUAUCCAGCUGGUGGAAAUCAAAAUGCGGGGCCUCUAGGAGCUAGCAAUCAAAAUAUGGGCUACCCUGCAGCCGCAAAUUCAAAUAUGGGAUACCCAGCUGGUGGAAAUCAAAACUUGGGGUAUCCGGCGGGUGGUAACAGUAACAUGGGAUACCCUUCUGUGGGCAACAAUAACAUGGGAUAUCCGGGUGGAGGCAGCAACAACAACUUGGGUUAUCCCGCCGGUGGGAAUGAAAACAUGGGAUAUCCUGCUGGCCGGAAUGAAAACAUGGGUUAUCCUGCGGGUGGGAAUGAGAACAUGGGAUAUCCUGCCGGUGGUAAUGAAAAUAUGGGAUAUCCUGCCGGUGGUAAUGAAAAUAUGGGAUAUCCUGCCGGUGGUAAUGAAAAUAUGGGAUAUCCUGCCGGUGGUAAUGAAAAUAUGGGGUAUCCCGCGCCUGGUGAAUUUCUUAGUUUGCCACCCACACCGUCUACAAACACUGGCGUAUCACCCGGAGAAAAUACUGGGGCUCCUUUACCAAGUCUUGUUCCCGGGGGAGGCCCGUCCGUCGUGACCCCGCCGCCGGGCGGUUAUCUUGGUGCAAGUCAGGGCCAAGGUACAGCAGCGCCAAUUCCCCCAGUUGGUGCAAGUCAACCAGGUAACCCGAGUCAACCAGCUGGGGCAAGUCCACCAGCCUCUCCGGUUCCACCAGGUGGCAGCUACGUUGCUCCGGCAACAAAUGCUGCGAGUUCGUGUUGGUGUGGUUGUGACGCUACUUGCUCUAAAACUUGCGACCUUUGCAAUUCAAUUCCCACUGGCAACUAUGAAAACAUUUCUGGUGUAUUGCAUCCCACCAAUACUGGCUGAGACAGAUUUAAGAGUAACACACAAAAAGGGCUUCAAGCAAAGGAACUUCGUUCUUACCAAUACUGGCAUUACUGAGACUGGACACAUUUUCUAGUUUGAAUUCAUUCUUUAAAAGUAGCUUUAGAAUCCCUGUUAGAGCAAACGCCAAAUGUCGAAGUUCAAGUAGACCUUUCUCACUUUCUCACAAGAUUAGCAGAUAAAACCAUAAAUAUUUUAUAUGGAUGACCCUGACAUGAAACUACGUAUUUCUGUGUAAAUAUGAUACUAAACGGCAAACCAGAGGUAGAAUUUUGUCAGGUGGUACAAAUUUUAGUUUGCCGUUAACGUGAUUCUAAGUCCCUCUACUGUAACUUGUGUCAUGGCAACACUUUGCAACCGUAUCUUAUAAGGUUCUUAACUUUUCUAAAUAGGUAUUAAACGUAAAAAAUUGGUUUUUAUUGAAAUUUUUUACUGUAGCGGGUUUACCAAUGGAUAUGUAGUUUACGAGCGAUGUUAUUUUGUAACUAGCUACUAGCAACUGGCAAGACUUUGCAGUUAGGUCUGACAGUCGAUGGAUCGUCCCUUUGCAUCAGAGCAUUUCUGCUUUGUAAUUUAAUUUGAUUUAAUUCUUGGUACGAACUUUUAUAGUGGUAAACGUAGUGAUGUUAAAUGGUGAUAAAACGCUGUGUCGAAUGCUUGACAUUACUUCUCAAGCAAAAUGACUUUAGAAGGAGAAAUUAAGGAUGCAAAGAUGAGCAGUUUUUCAUCUGAUUUGUAUUUUCUUUAUGAAUUACUAAUGUUAAUAUGUUUGAGAAGAUUAAAGGAGAAUUAAAUUUGCCACAAGGAUUAACUGCACCAGAGCAUGUUCUGUCAAUGUCUUCCAUGUAUAAGGUCAAAAUGACUAAUUAAUGGCCACAUUCUCUUUAAUGUUUGCAUUUUUCAGUAUGUAUUCAGGUUGUGUCCAUAUAACAACUACUCAUUUGGGCCUCGCAAGCUUUGUCUAAAGUAAAAGACUAAUAGCAAGCAGUUAAGAUAGAACUACAGUAUUCUCUUCGAGGCUUUUAAAGUCCGAGAUUUGCUUUCUCGUACCUGCGCCCCUCCCAUUUGCAUUUAUUAUCAUAACAAACGCAGUGACGUUUCAUUCAGGGGCACAUGGAGGUAGUUUUCUCUUUCUGAGUCUUGCGAGUACCGUAGGAGCCCUUAAUAGCGACUGGGUGAGGGCAUUUUGAUAGUCUCCCAGUCCUUAAAACGCAACGUCGGCAACUGUAAUUAUAAAUUGAUAAAGGGUUUUAAGACUACGUGCAUACAUUUCUUUGAAAUAGCCAUGAACAUAGUAGGUAUGCUUAAUUCGCCAAUUAGGGGACAGUCGCCUUUCUGGUGAUUCCAAAGGUUUUUUGGUAUUCACUAAAGCCGCAGACUCAACUGAAUGGCCUGUAUCAUUGAAAACCAAUGAAAAGUAUCCUUGAUCAACAGUAUUCCCAUAGAAGUUGUCUUUUGCACAACAUAAUGUCAGUUUGUUCUUGGCCCGUGUUGAUAUAUAAUAAUGUCAUGAAAAGCAUUCACUCAAUUGGUCAUAGCUCUUUUUAUGUAGUAAUAAAUAUGUAGUCUGUUAAGGGACUAAAAGUGACGCUUUCAAGACUGUUGCAUGGAACAAAGGGAAAGUGGUUGGAAGUCAAUAAGGGGGGAACACACUGCCAAUAAACAACUGACCUCUAGUAAACAUUAUUCGAGUAUCACAUUGAUAUCCACCCAGGUAUUUAAAAACAGCAAAAAUAUAAAGAUAAGGUAGUCAUCCUUUUACGCAACUUUAACAUAUGCCACGAAAAGUCCACUCAUAAUUUUCAGUCUCAGUAUGCUCUAUGGCAAACCGCUGGUUACCUUCUCAGAUAAGUUGGAUAAGCAAGAUUGAAUGCUUAGGUUUCCCUUACUACAUAAAUUACAAAUAACCUAUCCAAAUAGAAUGAGGCGUUGGGCAGAUUAAUAGAUUUUAUACUCUCUUAGUAGUAGGACUAUUCAUAUUUGCAAGAGGGGCUGAAAAUCUUGAGUGAUUUAGAAAGUCAGUUGUUAGCAGUUAAUUUAUUCGAAUAGUUGAACGUUUUAUGUUCAAUUGUUUAUGAUAGAUUGUGUCUGUGCGGUUUUAUUUGAAAAAAGUUAUCUUGGAAGUUCAUUUGCAUUCUUACCUUUACCAACUGCAUGACUCGAGAUCAGUCGAGAAUAGAGUAAAGGAACUAGUAAUUGAAAGCUUUUAUAAACGGUCGUUUAGUUCUAAUAUAGGAAGUUUAUGUGAAAAACGCUUUCAUCUUUCGAAGGUUUCUGUCAAAUUGACAGCUCCACCGAGUCGGCUCGCUAGAAUUUGCGGUAACUGAGGAAAGUAAAGCAAUUAAAUCAUUGCAGUACUCCCGCCCAUAAUGGGCCAACAAUAAAAGUAUCCUGUUAUCCUUACAGGGGAAAACAUUCUAUUCUUGACCAGCUGAGAUGCGAAAUGUUCCGUUUAAGUCUAUAAUUAGUUGGAUAUUCGAUUGUCGUCUCUGUAAUAUGUUUGGGUCAGGUAUUAAGAAAUGGUAACAGCCUUCCAGAAAUCGACCACAAAGCGUGAGUGGUAGUAGGUUUGUGAUGCAUUAAAUGAAAGAAAAGGUUGUUAGAAUGUCAGUAUUGUCAGGCAAAGGGACACUUAAGCAAACUAUUGACAUUCAAAAAAAUCGGUUAGCCAACUUAAAUAACAAUACAAAACCGGUUGUCCUGCUGGUGAUCAUAAAAGUUUUAUGCAAAUCUUUGAUGAAAGCAAACAUGGUAACUGAUAUUUUCUUGCCCAGCGAGGAAACCAAAAGAAAAAUAUGCCUCUAUAGACGACUUUCAACAUGAAAAAAAGGAUUUUUCUUCUCUUGUACACGCUGUGCGUGUAUUGGACGUCAGUCAUAGGGGUUCAUCUUGCUGAAGAUCGCCGAAUUCCAAGCUUAAGAUCGAGUGGUACGAGGCUUAGAAUACAUGAUCAAAGCUACUCUUCUAAUUCUAAACGAAGAAAAGGUAAAGUCCUUUUAGCCAAAAUGUGGUUAUUUUAAUGUUUAGCCCAGGAAUGGAAAUGAGAAUAACAAAAUUUUCCAUAAAAUGUCAUAUCCGUGUAAUUGUGUAAGGGUUAUGUGAGAACUUCGAUGAAGAAUCUAACAGCAAUUGAUUGGCAGUUGUUUGGUAAUUGAUAGGCAUUUUACGCUUGAUAGCAGAUACACUUGUGAGACUGAAGAUUUAAUACUGAAGUUGUUUUGAUUAUCUCGAGAAAAAUCUACCACCGUUGUUGUUUACGAUCGAUCAUGAAGGCAGCCAUAUCAGUGACACGUUCACUGAAUUAUGAAUUAAUACAAUUUAUCCGGUUACUUUUGUUAACAAGGCGUUUAGGUCAUGAUGCAUAUAUAUAACUCUCUUGUAUCCGUAAACCAUAAUAAGUUGCUUUGAAAAUUUCUGGAGAGAUUAAGUGUCCUAAAUUAAACUGCUCUUUUAAAUCAGAAUUCUAUUCGGUGAUAAAAGGGCAAUGCAUUAUUUAAACAUCGCGAGGAAAUUCUGCUAACAGUAGCAAACUGCUAAAUGAAAGGGGUGGUAUUCAUCAGCGGAUUCUCUGCCCAAGGUUUUAUGCAAAAAUCAUGUACCCCCUCUUGCAAUAGUUCUCUUACUUACGAUAUGUCUUUUUUCUCGGCUUUCUGAUGUUUCUGUUGAACCCUUGCUCUGCAGAAAGCGGAUUGUUCAGCUCCUUGCGUGCGUGCGGUAACCAAGUAGAAAUCAGGAAAAUGGCGAUGCUAUGUUCAGCAGGGGGCAUGAAAACAAUGUCUUCGUCUUGUACUUCGAAAUAAAUCUAGAUUUAUCUCUCUUGAGUAGAUUAAAAAUAUGUUUUAUGAUUAAGAAUAAUUAGCCAAUAGUGGGUGUUCUACGACAGGCCAGGUGCUUAUCUCACCUAGAGCUUUCGGAAUUCGUGGCAUUUUCUAGGCUGUUAUCUGUGGAAAAGCGGCCAGGAGAAGAAUGAACGUUUUAGGGGAUCCUUGAUCCUGUCCGUUACGGAACAUCACGAUGUUUUUCUUCUUUAAAUUUUUUUUCUUCACUUGCCAAGCAUUUUAUAAGAUCGUAAUUACGAUAUGCAGGGUUCGUUAUAAAUAACAUAUAUGCCAAACGAAAUCGAAGUUAUAUAUUUUAUAGGAAAUUGUUUCUGGGCAAUGAAACUACUAGGACGUAAUCUGAAUGAAAAAUUUAUCUUUCAGGGUCUUCCAACUUGGUAUUUCCUAGGCGAGGGCAUAAAGCGUCCUUUUCAAAUAUUAAGAGAGCUUUCAUUCAACGCAGGAUACAGUUUAAAGGUGCACCAAAAGGCGUUAUCGUAAAUGUGAAUGGCCAAAAGAUUUACACAACUGCAGGAGACUCAGCAGUACCACAACCUAACCAGGGCUUCAUAACACCUAAUAAGGCCAUCAACCUCCACAUAAACCUUAAUAAGAAACCUUACGAAUCGUCAAGGCCUCAACGAAAGCAACAGCCGAUAAUUAUUGCCGCACCGAGACCUCAACCACUGGUGCGACCGAUUGUGAUUGCUGUCCCUCGACCUCAGCCGCCGAUGGUUUUGCCUGCUCCUGUUCCUCCUGCUAUCCUACCAGCACCUCUUACGCAGCCAGCACCACUUCCGCAGCCGGCACCACUUCCGCAGCCAGCACCACUUCCUCCUAUUUUCUUACCUCCACCUGUUCCACAGCCAGCUCCAGAACCAGUUAAGGAAGAAAACGAACUCGGAAAUAUCCUUCAAACGGUUGCUUUGUUGAAAACCCUGGGUAAAAAGGAAGAACCCCCAAAAGUCGUGACUGUGCCUGUGCCUGUUCCUGUGCAAUCGUAUCCAGCAGGAUACCAAACACCAAGUCAAAAUUACGGAUACCCUCCGGGUAGAGGUGCAAACCAGGGAUAUCCGGCCGGGGGAAAUCAAAACCAAGGAUACCCGGCCGGUGGACCUGGAACUCAAGGUUACCCUGCCGGCGGUGGUGGAAAUCAAAACCAAGGAUACCCUGCCGGUGGUGGUCAAAAUCAAGGAUAUCCGGCCGGUGGAGGUCCAGGAAGUAACAGUCCCCAGGGAUAUCCAGCCGGUACUUCAUUGGGAGCUCCUCCCACAGCUGGUAAUGGUCGCGUACCUGGGACUGGCAAUACAGGAACGGGAGGGGCUACGAAUCCUUUAGCAGCUUUAAAUGGUCUCGUACCUUUCCUCCUUGGCAUGAAUUGCCGUUGUGGCUGCGAGAGAAGAUGCCCAGAUUUAUGUGGUUUGUGUAAAGAUGUCGAUGAGGAGAUUUAUGAUUCAAUAGAAUGUUGUAAGACAGUGCCAUGCCCAUGCUCCAAUCCGAGUACCUUUGGAGGGACGACACAACCAGCUCAACAAGGAACCGCAGUAGCAGUUCCCCAACAAGGAAUAGGUCUGCCAGUGCCUCAAAAUCCGCAAGCAUCAACACUGCCAGCAGCAGUUUCGAACCCUGCGCAAGUGCAACCAGCUCCAGCUCCUCAGCCGGUCCAAGCCCCACCGUUAUCAUAUCCUCAAUCUCCAGGUUCCACCCAGGUAAACCCAGCUGUUCCAGCGCUACCUGCUUCAGCACCUCCACAAGCGCCUGCCUCAGCACCUCAGCCUCCUUCUGUUGCAGAACCUCCGCCUCUUCCUGGUACACCAUCCGCAGUUCCGACCCUUCCUCAACUCCCCCCUAUUCCACAGACGCUGCCAACGGCCCCGUUAACCGCCCCUGGUCAGUUACCCCCGGUUCCACCCAAGCCUGAGAUUACCCCUUCAGUCCUGGGAGGAAACACGCCAAAGCCACCAAAGCCCGAGCUAGCGCCACCUAAGCCGGAGGUAACGCCACUUAAACCAGAAGUAGCGCCAUCAAAGCCAGAGAUAACCCCUCCGAAGCCGGAGAUUCCACUUCCUUCUCUCCCAGGAUCCGAACCAGGAUCACCUUCUCCACCAAAGCCAGAAAUUGUUCCUCCAAAGACUAACCCAACAGAAGAGUCUCUACCUUCUAUUCCUCCCGGAACAAACGGACCAGGUGCUCCUGGAGAGCCACUACCCCCACCACCAGAAAAUGAAGGUUCCAUAAAGAUCCCUCCUGUAGCUGUAUUGCCCGGAAAAAGUACUCGUAAGUGAUGCUCUAUGCUUUAAACAUUUCCGUAGCUUUUCAGUAUAGUUCCAAGCGCAUAUGAAUCCCCUUUUGAAUGUGUUAUAUUCAAGGGUCUUUCUCUUUUCUUUGAGUCAUCGAUGAAAGGUUAAUAUUCAAACCAUGACAUGAAUCAACGAUGAGAGAAAUUUUUCAUGUGUCCGUCGAAUUGGUCUUGGAAAAAACCGAAAUGCAUUUGAAAUGAAGCAUCAAUCCCAUAGUUAAAAUAUCUAUCAAGCAACAUGACUCGUUGCAUCCAAUAGUAUCUAAUAUUUCUGUCAUAACAGGGGGCAAUUAUCUUGUAAGAUAACACUUCGAAUAACGUUGUAAUUUAAGGCAAAAGGUAUCUCUCCUUAUUGCCUUUAUUUGUCAGUUUGCGCAUGGGCUCCUGGUCUGAACGCAGUAGGUUAUGGGCACCAGCGAGAUUUGGUGAGCUUGCCCACGGAACGGAAAGGUUGUGGUAUUUGACAGGAGCUUCGCUUUUAGAGUCGGCUAGCCACGGGAUUUCGAAGUCGAAUGGUGGCUGUGCCACACUGCUUCCUUCCUUGCCUAUGAUACGAUAAUAGCACGCGUUCGGUUGUUGGCAACUUUUUAUUCAUACGUUUCUUGACCCUAUAUCAGCGGUCAUUCUUGCUAUAAAUUCAACUGAUGACUAAAUAUUUUAUUCACACAGCUGCACCAUCGCUGCCAUCAUUACCACUUCCGAAGCCAGCCUAUCCUGUUCCCCCUCCAGCUCCUCAGGUAUUUAUCAUAAAGGAAAAUAACGAAUCUCCAAAAGACCAGGAAGACAGUAAGAGUGCCGAAGCUCUCGAUAACUUAAGUAAAACGUUUGAGGAUGCAUUCACAGAGGCUUAUAAGUCUGAAGAAAGGAAAGGUAGAUAUAGGCAUCAACCUCGAUAUGGACGUUUUAGGCAAAGGCUACAAGAGCAAGACAGUUUUGAUAAUGACUCUGAAGAACCUCCUAGGAAUGGCUUUAGGCACAGAUUACACGAUCAAGAUGAUGCGAGUUUAGAUUUAGAGCAAGAAGUAAUCAAGGAUAUUGAGAAAGAGGAAGGCGAGGAGAGGAUGCAAUCAAGUGUCGGCUCACGGAGAGAAAUUGCGAGACAAAAUUCAACCAGCAAUAGUGAAGACGAUGAAGAUUACAACAGUAACAACGAUGAUGACCUCAGUGAUAAUGGCGACGACAAGGGUGAUACUAAUGGGUAUGAUGAUCGUGGCCAUGGUGAUAAUCACAAAGCCGACGAGAAUGAUGAUAGUGAGGAUGAUGAUGAUGAUGAUAAUAGUCGGCACAAUUAUGAUGACCGUAAUGAUGACGAUGAUCGUGCAAAUAUGGACAUAAAUCUGGAUACUGAGCCGUCAUCUGAUGCAGACGAACCUCGUCAUUCUCAUUCUCACCCCGACAAAAAAUAUGAAUAUCAUAGGCAGGGAGACAUAAAGAGACGGCGAAUAAGAAAAAAGAAAAAGUAUACACGUUAUCAUGAUUAUAGAAGAGGCAAUCACCCUAAAGAAAGUCUUGAGCGGGGCAGACUUUCGCUGGCAAAAUCCACCAGCUUUCGCAAGCAUUUGAAGGUUCGAACACACACCAACUGGGACAAUCGGAAGGCAGAGGCACAUAUACCGUCAAAAAAAUACUCUUACGCUGAAAAACAAAAGAAAAAUCCUAAGAAAACUACAUUGCGUAGCAAAAAAUAUCGCAAAUCCAAGAAAACAAGGGUGAAGAGCGUAAAGCAUCGGCUUAAAGCCCAAUAUUAUCGAAAUAGAAACUCAGUACGUGUUCGUUAUAAUAAAAGUAAGUUUGCUCAUUUACAGGAACGUGAUUCAGGAAAAAGCCACCAUCGUCAUCAUACAGGGUAUCCUGUUCAUUACCACAAACAACUUAAUCACCAUCACAACGGACACCAACAUGGGAAGCAAUACAAGCAACGUGGUACCCAAUACAAAAAACAUCAAAAUCAUCACAAUCAACUAUAUAAAAACAGUUAUUCUAACAGUGGAUCAUUAUUACCCGAGGAUGAGAUUUCAGAAUCUAGCACCUUCGAAGAAGGAAGUGCGAAUCAGGGUCAUGAAUCCUCUACAUCCUCCCGGUCCGAAGACCAAAAUUCUCGUUCAGAUUACACUGAAGGCGACCGUCACCUUUCUGAGAUGAAAAGUGACGUUAACAAAGGCCUAAAAACUCUACUAAGUACUGUUCAGUCGUUUAAGCUAUCAGCGCACCACAAAAUACGACAAAAUACGAACUGGGGGAAUAUAGCGGAAAAAGAUAUCAAUGACUAUAGUUCUGGCGAAGAGUCAGGAGAAAACGAGGUCAGCGGUUUUGAGGGUAGCCAUUAUAACUAGUUAUAAUAGUGUUUUAUUAGUGAAUUUUUAAACAUCGAAUGACUCAAAUACAAUGCUAUUAUCGUCAUAAAUAGUGUGGUGGAAAAACCGUUACUUUGGUGGAGACAUUCUCGAUAGGAAUAACACUAUGCUGCUUGCACGGAAGGGAAGAUAUGGUUUUGUUUUACAGUAGGAAAAAUGUUGCAUUACUUUUGAUGCGAGACAACUGGGUAGUUAAAAUCGUUCCUUUUGCUAUUCUGAUCCUCACAGCAAGUGGAAACUAACAAUAACCUAAUCUAUCCUUUUUUGUUAAUAUAUUUGCACAUGUUUACUGAUAACUGAAAUAAAUAGGCAGUUUUUGUUGGAAAUAAAAUAUUCUUUGUUUUACUCACGACUAGGUUAACGAACUUACAUGUAUUUUCAAAUUAAACAUCAGAAAUUCGGCGUUCAAUGUUCGGCGUUCAAUCCUGUCUGGGAACUGAAGACUUUUUUUCCUGCUCUCGUCCCAUUUUCCUCGAUCUUGAUGCUACAAUACACAUAUUUCUGCAUGAAGAGUCCCAGAGGUCAUCAUUUUUAUGGUUUUGCUGAAGCUAGGCUCUGCCAGCCCUCAGAUAAGAGGGACGUCGCGAAAACAAGGUCAAGGAAAAACAGGACGCGCGGUAUCUGAGAAAGGGGCGGCGCGCGUUAUUUGCAUCAGCUUUUUUACGAUCUCUGUACAUUACUAAUGCUAUCUUGAAGCUAACCCAGAAGACGAGAGAGAGAGACCUAAGAUAGUCCAUGUCUUACAAAAUCUUACUUCCACGCGAUCCCAUUUAACAUUAUAAGGUCAGACCAGAAGCUGUUUGUUUCUUCCUCAGACGCAUUUGGUAAAACUGGUGAUAAUCGGUGGCUAUGGUUACUAGUUAUGAUGUCAUCGAUUAGUUAA